AUGCAAAAACUGGCGACUUCCUCGCUGAACAACAUACGGGAGGCCCGUCGCACGCCAUCUAUGGUAUUUAGGGAGGAGGAGGAGGAGGAGGACGAAGACGAAGACGAGGAGGACGACGAGGAGGAGGACGAAGAGGAGGACGAGGAGGACGAAGAUGAAGACGAGGAGGACGAAGACGAAGACGAGGAGGACGAAGAUGAAGACGAGGAGGACGAAGAGGAGGACGAGGAGGACGAAGAGGAGGACGAGGAGGACGAAGAGGAGGACGAGGAGGACGAAGACGAAGAGAAGGACGAGAACGACGAAGACGAGGACGAGGACGACGAGGAGGACGAAGACAACGAGGAUGAGGACGACGAGGAGAACGAAGAGGAGGAGGACGAGGACGAAGAGGACGAGGACGACGAGGACGAGGACGACGAGGAAGCCAUUCUAGUUAGUGGUCCGUCUGGUGGCCAGUCUAGUGGUCAGUCUGGUGGUCAGUCUGGUGGUCAGUCUAGUGGUCAGUCUGGUGGCCAGUCUAUAGUUAGAGGUCAGUCUGGUGACCAGUCUAUAGUUAGAGGUCAGUCUGGUGACCAGUCUAUAGUUAGUGGUCAGUCUGGUGGCCAGUCUAUAGUUAGAGGUCAGUCUGGUGGCCAGUCUAUAGUUAGAGGUCAGUCUGGUGGCCAGUCUAUAGUUAGAGGUCAGUCUGGUGGCCAGUCAAUAAUUAGAGGUCAGUCUGGUGGCCAGUCUGGUGGUCAGUCUGGUGGCCAGUCUAGUGGCCAGUCUAGUGGCCAGUCUGGUGGUCAGUCUGGUGGCCAGUCUAGUGGUCAGUCUGGUGGCCAGUCUAUAGUUAGAGGUCAGUCUGGUGGCCAGUCUAUAGUUAGAGGUCAGUCUGGUGGCCAGUCUAUAAUUAGAGGUCAGUCUAGUGGCCAGUCUGGUGGUCAGUCUGGUGGCCAGUCUAGUGGCCAGUCUAGUGGCCAGUCUGGUGGUCAGUCUGGUGGCCAGUCUAGUGGUCAGUCUGGUGGCCAGUGUAUAGUUAGAGGUCAGUCUGGUGGUCAGUCUGGUGACCAGUCUAGUUAG